UAUAGAAUAAAUAGAUAUAGACUAGAUAUAGAUUAAUAUUGAUUUGGUAGUACGAUAAACUUAUACCCUUUGUCCGGGAAAACAUCGAGGGUAAUAACUAUAUAAUAGAAAAUCGAAAUUCUCCAAAAUCUUGAAUUGAUUCAUCGUCGCAAGCACAGUGGGGGAUUGGGUGAAGGUGAAGAAUGGGAAGCCAAACAGCAGCACAAAUUCCAACGAGUUUUGGUCAUGAACUGAGGGCUUGUCUCCGUUGCCGUCUUGUCAAAACUUACGACCAGUUUAGGGAAUCAGGAUGUGAGAACUGUCCCUUCUUCAAAAUGGAUGAAGAUCAUGAGCGCGUAGUGGACUGCACUACUCCUAAUUUUACUGGUUUGAUCUCUGUCAUGGAUCCAACGAGGAGUUGGGCAGCUCGCUGGCUUCGAAUCGCACGGUAUGUCCCUGGUUGUUACACACUUGCUGUAUCUGAGGCACUUCCAGAAGAUUUGCAGAAUCUUUGCGAGGAUGAACAUAUCCCGUAUGCUCCUCCAAAACGUAUCUGAUCGACAAACCAGCAGUGAUAACAUCAGUAAAUUUCGGAUGUCUUUGGAAACCGGGACAAAUGUUAUGUAAUUAAGAUAACGAAUUACUGAAAUUAUCAUUAACCCCUCCUAAUCUGGAAACUGAACAUAUUUAUGUCUGAAUGUCUCUCAGUUAUCUGUUUGCUUGCUCAUCUGGUGAACUCUCAUGUAUUAGUACUGUUGUGUUUGUGUGACACUCAAAUUUUAGUGGAGGUGUGUUUGGUGUA